AUGUCAAAAUCUGAGAACAUCAAAGUUGUUGUCAGAUGUAGACCAAUAUCUAAAAAGGAAGUUGACAAGGGCUUCAAACCCAUUGUUAAAAUCGACAAUACAAACAACAUGGUCGCUCUUACGCAUGGAGAUGAUGAUCCUGAUCCAAAGUCAUUCACAUUCAACUCAGCCUACGCGUGGGAUUGUACUCAACAAGACAUUUACGAUGAUGCAGGCAGACCUAUUGUUCAAGCUGUGCUUGAUGGCUAUAAUGGAACAAUUCUUGCUUAUGGACAAACAGGUACAGGAAAAACAUAUACAAUGGAAGGCGUUGUAGAUAAUGAAGAACACAAAGGUGUCAUUUUGCACGCAUUCGAUCAUAUUUUCGCACACAUCGCAAAAGUCAAAGACAGAGAGUUCUUAGUACGUGCAUCUUUCCUUCAAAUUUAUAUGGAAGAUGUUUUCGAUCUUCUUGGAGAUCCUAAAAAGAAACUACACGUCCGUUCUUUGGAAAAUGAUAUUUGCGUCGUUGGUCUUUCAAGCCACAUCGUUAAAACACCACAAGAAAUUACAGAAUUACUUAUGCGCGGUAAAGAUAACCGUGCUGUCGCUGCUACAGCCAUGAAUGCCCAAAGUUCAAGAUCUCAUUCAGUUUUUACCGUCGUUAUCGAGCAGAGUGGCGAAGAAUGUGGUACGAAAAUGGGUAAAUUACACUUGGUUGACCUCGCCGGCUCAGAAAGACUUUCAAAAACAGAAGCCACAGGUCAACAAGCGAAAGAAGGUGCCAAAAUCAACCAAUCUCUACUUUCUCUUGGUAACGUUAUCUCAGCUCUUGUUGCUGGUGCAAAGCAUAUUGCUUACAGAGACUCAAAACUCACUCAAUUAUUACAAGAUUCUCUUGGUGGAAAUGCCAAGACAGUUAUGAUCGCAACUCUUGGUCCAGCUUCAUAUAACUACGAUGAAACACUCAGUACAUUGUUAUACGCCACAAGAGCCAGACAGAUUAAAAAUGCUCCAAGAGUUAAUGAAGAUCCAAAGGAUGCUUUACUUGGCCAAUUAAGACAGAAGAUUGCAGAGCUCAAGAAACAGCUUGAGAUGCAAAAUGCAGCAGCCGCAGCCAGUGGAUUAGUUGUUCCAACGACAGACAAUGGAUUUCUCAAAGAAAUAGAAGAGAAACACAAGAGACAAAUGGAAGAAUUGAUGCAAUCAAAGAACAUAAAUGAAGAAGAGAAAGCCAAAGCGAAAGCAGCUUUAGAUGCAGAGUAUCAACGCGAGAGAUCGAUACAAGCAGAAAGUAAAGACCUUGAAGAGAAAAUCAAGCAGAUGGAACAGUCUGUUUUGGUUGGCGGUGUAAAUCUUUUGGAUAAAGAGAAGCAACAAAUGGAAGAAAUCAGGGCAAAUGAGUCUAAGAUCAGAGAGAAACAGAAGGAACAAGAACUCUUGGAAGAAAAGAAGAAAGAACAAGAAGAAGCCAUUUUAGUUGCAGAAAAGAAAUAUGGAUCAUUGAAAGAAGAAUUACAAGAGAAAUCAAAGAAAAUAGAGAAAUUGAAGCCUCUCAUUCGAAGAUUGCAAGAUAACAUCGAUGAUCUUCAGACACAAUUCGAAAAUGAGAAGGCUGAUCAAAUAGAAAACAUAAAGAGAAUGAACAAAGAACUUGGAUUACUUGAAUUAAUCACAAAUUCGUUCAUUCCACCUGAAGAUUUGAAGAAAAUUCAGGAUUAUUCAACUUACGAUGUUGAAAACAAGAAGUGGAUGAUACCAAGUAUCGACAAGGCAGGAAGACACCAGAAAGUCGAAGAAGUCAUUGAAGAGAAGGUCUUCAUUGCAGGUACAAAUGGUCCAACUGCUUUGUUCAGUAGAACAAGAUUGGAUAAUUAUGUUCCAUCAAGAAGUGAAGCUGAAAAGGCAAAGCUGAGAAGGAAACAUGCUGUACAACAUGCUCUUAACGAAUUCGCUUUGAUAUCUGAUCUCAGUUAG